UUAAAUCUUCCUAUUCACUCAGCACUAACAAUCUAAUUACUACGUCAACUUCUACAGCGAGCGAGGUGAGGGGACUGCAGGGACAUCACAGCGGCCACAGGGACACCACGAAGGACAGGACAGACACCGGGGUUGAUGUUUCACCCUCAGGACUCAAAACUGACCUUGUAACAUCCGUGGGAGGCUCAGAGGGUAACCAGUGGGAGGGCUAUGGGUCAGAUGGGCUGCUGACGGAGGUGCACACAGAUGUUGGCGGCGCCCUAAGGGAACUACAGGAGCGCCCCAGAGAGUACAGCAGCGUCAGUGUGGUGGUUCAUGGCUCCCCUUCCUUCCUGCAGGAGACGGUGAAGCAGGCCGUGGGGAUGGGUGUGGUGAUGCCGAGGCGGGCGUGGGUGCUGGUGAGCGAGACGGCGGAGUGGCACCAGUCUGCUCUUCCCAGUACCCUAUUUACUAACCAAUACAACCUGGUGCUGGUGACGCCUCUGCUCAGGACACCUCGCAUCCACGCCCCAGAUCAGUGUGUGGCGGCCAUCCAUCGCCUCACCUUCCUGAACGGCGGUCUGGCGUGGGCGGGCGUGGGCUGUGGGCGUGCUGGUGGGCGUCUGUCUCUCACUGCUAACCCCUUCUCGCUCCCUGACCACCUCGGGAAUAUCACCAUCCCUGUUGCUGUUGUAAAGGGCUCGCCCACCCUGAGACUCGUGAAGACUUCUGAUGGGGAAGAUUACCUCGACGGGUUCCUGGGAGAGAUGCUUAGACUCCUUCAGCGGGACCUCCUCUUCCGCGUGCAGGUGUCUCAGGUGCCUGGCUUCGGGAACCGCCUGGCGAACGGGACGUGGAUCGGUACUGUAGGCGCCGUGGCUAGAAAGGAGGUGGAGCUGGGCCUGGCGUCGCUGUCAAUCUCACACAUCAGGAAUCAGGUGGUGGAUUUCUCGGACUACUUAAUAUCGACUGGUGUGUACCUCAUGUACCUCGCCAGACAACUCACCCAACCCGUGUCCACUGUGUUCCUCGUGUUCUCCCCAGAGUUAUGGGGCUGCUUGCUGGGCCAAAUAACGCUGCUUGGGGCCGUCCUGUACCUCGCCUGCUACCGUGAUGCCGCCAGGAGGAACCACUCGCCCCUCUACUAUCUGUUUGCUUCCUACAGGAGCUUCGUGUAUCAAGGUGAAAAAGAAGAGAAAGAAAUGAACAGGUGUAAAGGCGGUUGGGUGGAUAGAUGGAUGGAUGGAUGGAGUGAUAGAUGGAUGGAUAAAUGGCUAGAUACGUAGAUGGACGGAUGGAUGGGUGGAUGGAUGGAUGGAUCGGUGGAUGGAUGAAUAGUUAGAUAAAUGGAUGGAUAAAUAAAUAAAUGAAUAGAUAAACAUGUAAACAAUAGAUGAAUGGAGGAUAGAGGAAUAAAUAGAUGAAUGCGUGGAUGGAUAAAUAGAUGGAUGAAUGGAUAGAUAGAUAAAUAGAUGAAUAAAUGAAUAAAUGAGCAGCUAACCAUGUAGAUACACAGACAAAUGAAUAUAUAGAUAGAUAGAUACAUAGACAGACAGACAGACAGACAGACAGAUAGAAAUACAGACGAACAAAGAGUAUUACACCUCAUGUACGUACGUCAAAAGCAAUUACAAAUCAGAGAGAAUGAAAACAUCAAAAAGAAUCAAUUAAUGAAAAUCAACUAACGGAAGCAUAAUAACUACAAUGAUUGCCUGUGAUUACUUACCUGUGCCUCACUUAGUGUCCCUGAUCACAGGUGAGCUCACAUAAAUACAUUAUGAGGUCUGAAGGUCACUGUCAAUUUAGAAGAGACAAGUAAUGAAAUAUUAUGAAUAGCGAGUUGACAGAGAGAGAGAGAGAGAGAGAGAGAGAGAGAGAGAGAGAGAGAGAGAGAGAGAGAGAGAGAGAGAGAGAGAGAGAAAGGAAUGUGUUUAUAUGUAUGAGUUACUUUUAAUUAAUAUAUGCAGGUGUGUGUGUGUGUGUGAGUGUGUGUGUGUGUGUGUAUGUGUGUGUCGUUACCUAAAGACGUGGCACGGUAAUUAGAAUGCAGGCGUGAUUAAAAAGAUGUUGUGAUGAAGGUGAAAAUGUUUUGAACCAAGAGUGUUUAAUUUCCCCGCGUUUCUUCAUCAUUUUAAUGGUCUCGUGGAGUGAGGGGGCUCUUUUG